UGGAUAGCGACCCCUAAAGGAAGUAGAUUUAAAAAAAAGACAAAGAACUUGUGACAUUGUUUUUAGGAUUUUAUUUUUUUAGUGUUUCGGUGGAAGAGCACAGCAGCUACAAGUGCAGGAGAAAAAUCAUCACAAACUCACAAUUAUUGUUAUUUUAUUAUUAUUAUUAUUAUUAUUAUUUAGUAAACCAGCCAGUAAAAAAAACGCCUUUUGACGUAAUGAGAAGCUACGCGUAAGACGGUCACGUGAUUUAUUUUUUGGCUAGUGCCAUAUUUUUGUAGCUACUGCUGUAAGAAGCUCCCUCUAAAGCAAAACCAGUAGCUUACAGCUUCGCCUACUAACGCCAUGGAUUUCAACGUGAAGAAGUUAGCCAGCGGUGCGGGGCUGUUUUUCACGCGAGCCGUCCAGUAUACUGAGGAGAAGCUGGGCCAAGCGGAAAGGACAGAGUUGGAUGCUCACUUUGAGAACCUAAUGAGCCGCGCUGACUGCACCAAACACUGGACAGAGAAGAUCUACAGACAGACUGAGUACCUGCUGCAGCCCAACCCAAUUGAUCAUACUGGUGCCAGAAUUGAGGAGUUUCUCUAUGAAAAGCUAGACAUGAAAGCACCCUCCAGGGUUACCAAUGCAGAGCUGCUGGGUCAGCAUAUGGAAGAUGCUGCGAAGGAGUUUGGGCCUGGUACACCGUACGGGAGCACUUUGCUGAAGGUUGGGGACUGUGAGAGGAGACUGGGAGCAGCAGAGAGAGAGUUCAUUCAGACCUCAGCCAUCAGCUUUCUCAAUCCACUCAGGAACUUCCUGGAAGGAGACUGGCGAACCAUCUCAAGAGAGCGCCGUCUGCUGGAGAACCUUCGCCUGGACCUGGACGCCUGUAAAGCACGUGUAAAGAAGGCCAAGGCGGCCGAGGCCAAGGCAGCAUGCGAGGGUGCAGUGGCCCCAGAUUUCCAGGAGACCAGGCCUCGCAACUAUGUACUUUCUGCCAGUGCCUCUGCGCUCUGGACUGAGGAAGUGGAAAAAGCUGAACAAGAUCUCAGGCUGGCUCAGACGGAGUUCGAUCGGCAGGCAGAAGUUACACGGCUGCUUUUGGAAGGCAUCAGUAGUACGCAUGUGAACCACCUGCGCUGUCUGCAUGAGUUUGUGGAGGCCCAGGCCGCUUACUAUAAGCAGGGUCAUCUUCAUAUGCUGGAGCUGCAGAAAGAGCUGGGAAGUUCUGAUGAGGAUGUGCUUCCCAAUGCCUUCGCACUGAACUCUACUCACUCCGUGGCUGCUGCAGCCGGUGCAUCAGAAGCCACAGAGAGCCCAGUGGAGACUGAGACGCUGAAGAUUGAAGAGGUCCAGGCACCAGCUACGGGAACCCGCAAGGUCAAAGUUCUGUAUGACUAUGAUGCUGCUGAUUCGAGUGAGCUCUCCCUUCUGGCUGAUGAGCUGAUUACAGUUUACACAGUGCCCGGAAUGGACUCCGAUUGGCUGAUUGGCGAGAAAGGAAAUCAGAAAGGAAAAGUGCCUGUCACAUACCUGGAGCUUCUGAGUUAGAGUGCAUGCAUGUGCAUGAGUGUGAACGGGCACAACUGAAGCUUUCACUUCAAAGGAAGUCACACUUGCACUAACGAGUAAGCUUCAGUAAACACUCCACUGCAAUCCGCUGCACACACUCCUCAGAACAAUGAGAGAAGGUCUGAACACAUUGACACUGUUACAGCGAGAGCAGGAAACUCCCUGGCUGGGAUCAGCCACAUUCCUCAUAGACCAGUUUUGGUGAUGUCAUAUCAAUGUUGUCAUUGAUGUUCUUCUAUUUAUUGAAGUGCAUGUCAGAUGUUUGAUCAGAGGAUUUCUGAUGCUAACUUAUUUGUUUUUUCUGAGUGUUUCUUCAUGUUUUUACAGACCUUCCCACGAUCUGGGAAAAACCUCCCAAAAAUAUAGAGUGGUGUGAAAAGUUUUUUUACUCUUUCUUUUUUUUUUUUUUUUUUUUUUUUUUUUUUUUUUUUUGCAAGUUUGUCACAUUCAAAACAUCAGACCACUUUAAAUAUUAGUCAAGUAACGUAUGUAAAGACAAAAUGCAAUUUUUAAAUGAGGAUGUUUAUUAUUAUGGGUAGGCCCGUGGCGAUAAAUCAAUUAAUUGCACGCUAAAUUAAAAUGAGAUCCAUAAUAAAACGAGGGUGAUAAUAAUCGCUUGUUUGUUUCGUCCCGUCUCUGUCUUUAUCUACCAAAAAGACUGCAUGAAUAAAGUCUUCACUCCAGUGCUUUGUUACUCUUCUCCUCUCGUUUUCUUGGUAACAGCUAAACGCACAGGGAGGUAAAAGCGUCCGUUUCUCCUCUUGGGCUGAACUUGAUACACAGGACACAAUAGAAAAAACAGCUAAAAAAGUUGAUAAAUGUUCAACUUUCUUGUGUGGCCUUGCUUGACGAGCUAGAAAUUUCACAGUAACGAAUUACGGCGCUCACUCGGCUGCAUGAGGGCAAGUGACCGUCGCCUCACUGCACAAACUCCAUAGAAAUGAAUGGAGAGGGAGCAGCGCUGACUCCCAUCCCCAUGUGACCAUUACCUCAGUUGGGGCUCCUGGUCUCCUACCACAGAGCUGGCAUGAAGCCCAGAGAGGAGCAGCGAGCAAGUCGGGGAACCGCUGGUUUGAAAGCUCAACAUUACAGCUGCAGUCUGGCAGUGCUUUAGAUUCAAACUGAAUCACCGCAGUUAACCAUUGAAUCUGUGGAGCCGCUACGUUGUAAAACAGUAGCAACUAAACAAUACAACCAACAUAACUGCAGCUAACGUGCUCUGAUGCAGGUUUCCUUGCAACUGACCAAGUUAUCUCAAAUACUUGAUAACAGUUAUUGCUUCUGCUGGUUUCCCAACCAGUUAUUAGGUUUAGGGGGUAAUCGUUCCCACAGGACAAUGUCAGUUCAGAUUUUUUUUUUUUUUUUUUCACAUUAUAAUAAACAUUUUUGUUUAAAAACUGCAUUUUGUGUUUACUUGUGUGGUCUUGAAUAUUUAAAUUGGUUUGAUGUACUGAAACACUGAAGUGUGAGAAACAAAAGGCAGGAAAUCAGGGAGGAGGCAGACACUUGUUCACCCCACUGCAUACUUCUGCUUUUUCUAAUAUGUUUGUUCUGCAUUAGUAGGUUUCAUCUGAAACCUUUCAUCUUUACAUGAAACGGUCCUGGACUUCAGGCAUGCAGUUUUCAUGUCAUUCAUUCGGGUUUAAACCACGCUUAAAAUAAACAGUGAAUCCCGGGUGUGAUUCCAUACCUCCCAAUCCCCACCGGUUGACGUCUAGGUUCCCUAAACUCCCACAGAUUGCUUUACAGGACAAACAUUUUUCCAGAAAACACUGAAACGAGAACAGUGUUUACUUUUUAACUUUUUUUUUUCAUCCAUAACCAACUCAAACCUUCCACUGAAGCAUUAAUGUGCAGUGGAAAAGGGCAGAUAAUGAUCCUCCUGGGAUCUUUUCCACUCCUGACUGUUGAGAGGAAGAUUUGUCUUAACUGCUGAUAAAGAUGAAAGUCUUAGCAAUACUGCUUGCUUCAUACCGUUCCACCACACUACAGAUUCCCGCCUGAGGAACAGUCUGCACCCCUGUUCAGCAAAUAACAAACUGCCUUACAGUGGCGGAGGGCAGCUGCUCACAGAAUGUGCUCUUCAAGCCACAGCCAGCAUGCAAGUGCCCCUGCCCUUCAUCAUACCAGUGCUUCUUCAGGUGGUUUGUCCUUUUAGUGUUUUGUUUGAACACCUUCAGGCCUGUUUGACUUGAACCUUAAAGUGUCCUCAGUCUUAGUGCUGCAUGUGCUGCAAAUUGCUGUAGUCGCCUGUCCUGCUGGAAGUGUGUGAGUGAAUAAACAAUGUGAGAUUUGAACUUCUUUGCACCAAACCUCACAUCCAGUCUGUAUGCAUGAACCUUUCUUACCUCCUAACAGCCGGUGUUAUGAGUUUUAGUGAAAUAAGCGGAAGGCCGUCUUCGCUCCAGACGUCAAGACAGAGGAAUGUAACCACCUUGUCCUUCAAGCCUCACUUAUUUUUGCUUUUUAAUAAAUGUGCUACUGAUGUACCUUUA